GUCAUUGUCAAUGUCAAAGUAAUUUUAUUUACAAACUGUCCUGUGCUAGCACAUUUAUUAUUUUACGUUUACAAAAAUUAUUAUUUUAAUUUUCAGUCGUUUUGCAUGAUUAAUUUUAAUUUCCAGCUAUUACAUAAUUAUUAGAUGGCGUUUCCCCAACCAAACGCACAGAGAGAGUUGACAAACAGAAAGAUAUUAGAAGAAUUGCAACUAAAGAAGCAGAUGCUAUUGAAGCAAGGAGCCGUGGCCCCGCUCACCGCCACCACAAUCUCACUAACUCAGCCGAGCCCCGUCAGCCAGCUGCCUAUGUGCUCCAUACCACCACUCUCAGCAACAGCGGGAUUUCCACAACUACCUGAAGCAAACAUUGUGAACACAAGUCACAGAGCUGCAUUGCAACACGCGACUGCAACAUCUUGUGGCUUCUUCGUCUCCCAAGACUCUUCAUUUGGCAACCAGAUACUUCCAGUUCUGCCCAGAUUUGACAAUAAGUGA